UUCACCGAAUCGGUGGCACUUUGCUCUUUUCCUUCACCGAAUCUCCGGAAAUUACUGACACGUUGGGCUUUGCUGACUGACAAUCGGAUUCGUGGUGUUUUCUGUUCGUGCGCGUGACCGAACUGACGAAUCUGUUAUGUUAACCGAAAUGUGAAAGUUUCUCAAUUUGUUUGCUUUCUGCAUCCCAACUUUUUCACUGCGGCUUUUCGCUGGGGCGAAAUAAAAGUCGAAAUGUGGACGUGAAGUCAGCGAAGUUAGAUUGAACAUGGAUAUAAGGAAUAUGUAUUUUGAAUUUUUUCCGCGAAUCUCUAUCUUGGUUGUGUUGAUUUGUGGAGUUUUGGUCAAUAAUGCAUCUUCUAUUGAUGUCGAAAAUCUCAAAAUAGGGUGCUUUCCCGAGUCUCCUGCAAAUCGGGAGUUCCGGGUAUCUCCAGGAAACUAUCGCCCGUGGAGUCUCACACCGUACGAUUGCGUAAGACUUUGUGGCGACUUGAAAUAUCCUCUCUCUGCUCUACAAAAUGGCAACUUGUGUUUUUGUGCAAGUUUUUUUAAUUCCUCGCGACAGCAAAGCUCAAACUGUACCAUAGACUGUACUGGCGACAGCAGCUACAACUGCGGUGGAACUUGGGAGAAUUUAGUGUACAACUCGAGCUCCUUCAAAGACGAACUAGUCAUAAACUACUCCAGUUCUCUAACCGUUUUCAAGUGGAUUAAUUUAAGUGCAGUUUUUGUCAAUAGAAGCUCUCCCGCACUACGUGUGGCUUUUAAUAUCGGAGAUGGCAAUGGGGAAUCUCUUGGGGAGAACGCAGAAUUUAGAUUUAGAGCUGUUUAUUGGGGAAAAAUAAUUGUCAAGGCUCAAGUAUUGAAUGCAUUCUCGGUGGGUUUUGUUCAGCGUGAUAUUUUCGUUAAAGCUUUCCCAGGGAGAGCAGAGUUGAAUUGCCCUUCGACUGUUCGUACGGAAGACACUUUCCACUGCACAGCGAAAAUUUACGAAGGGACAACAUUAGCGGCAACAUGGAUGUUUCAAAAUGGAAGUGAAAGGAAUAUUUCCUUGCCAAGUCCCCUUUAUGUACGAGCUGGCUCGCCAAUACCUCAGUGGGAAGUGCAAAAUCUAGCAUCCUCAUAUGGUAGUGGAGUGUUUUUACUUCCCUCGUCCCAGUUCUCUUCCGAAGCGCGCCUUUUGGCCCUGGAAAUAUAUGGUCAAACAGCAGGACAAAUAAAAGUGUUUGUUGUGAGACCAGUGUGUAAUUCACCAACAUCCUUCUACUGUCUAGUUAAUCAGUCGUGUACGAGCCAACCGUGUACCUCUCAGUUCAUACACCAGUGUGUAUCUCCCUCUACCCUCUGCGUAUCAAGUGCUUCUUGUACUUCCUCACCCGGCGGAAACUGCUCUCAGUCCUCCAAGUCAACGACACGGCGCGCAAGUCACUUCAGAAUCACCGCUGACCUAGGUGUUUUGACAAUCACAACAGGCUACAAUCUGAUAGUUCUUCCAGAGAACCAGACUUUUGACGUUUCUCCCGGGGACAUGAUCGCUUGGGGACCUGUAACGGACGGGAAAGUUGCUCAUAAGCCAGGGGAAAACACAGUAUACAAUUUCUCAAGCGUCAAUGCGAAAACCCUUCAAAAUGGAGCGGAUAUUUAUAAAAAUCAGUCAACUGAAAUUUCUGACUUGGAUUACAUGAUCAAUAUUGUUGGAUCCCAGGCCUCAAUAUUCGAGCUAGACCACCAAUUCAACCAAUCUGGAGUGUACUGGGCCCGAGUCACAUUUAAGGAUGCUCUCGGAAACACUUUAGCACCGAUAACUCGACAAAUUCUAGCCCAGACUCCCCUCGUUGAAAUCAAAAUUGUUUAUCCAUCAGGAUUUCCCUUUUAUGGAGUUCGAACUAAUCGCAAUAUGACGAUGACAGUCGAAAUUCCCACAGAUUCCAAUGUGAAUGUGUCGUGGACGCUUCUCAACACGAGCACUUUGUUGAAACGCCAAGAAUUGCAAAACGCAGGACAGAGUUCUUUACGAGUUCCGCUCAAUAUUACAUUCUCCAGCUUAGGGACGCACGUUAUUCUUGUUGAGGCAGAAAACAUGAUAAGCUCGGUCAACGCCACCAUUUUUGUGAACGUCCAAGACUCCAUAUCUUCUCUAAAUGCUUCAAUAAUUUCUGCACCAGUCUACCUCGGCGCUCAGUCAAAGUUGAUUUCCUUUGCUAUUGGAACAAAUGUUCGGUAUAAAUGGAACUUCGGCGAUGGUGCAGUGACUUCCUAUAUUUCCAACACAACUGUUCAUCACCGUUUUGCAAGAACUGGAACUAUAAAUGUUUCUGUUAUUGCAUAUAACCUUGCUUUCAAACGGACAACUUGGUUUCAAGUCCAGGUCCUUCACCCUCUUACUAUUUUCGUACCUAAGCAAAGUUUUGUGGGAUUGAAAUUGAAUGCAUCAUGUUCACUGGUCGGUCCUUUUGAAUCAGACCAAUACUAUUACUGGAAUUUCGGAGAUGGAGUAACAGAGGAAGGAACCAAUAAAACAAAGGUCUUCCACAACUAUACCAAAGGUGGAACGUACCUUGUCUCUGUUAAGUUAAGAAAUGAGGUGCUUGUCAACGCAAGCUCGGAAAUUCUUGUGAUAGAACCAGUUUCAGGACUGACCCUUGAUAACUUUACUGGAGUUGAGCUGUAUGACAAUCACACUUUCGUUGCCAACACUACCAAAGGAAAUAACUUAACUUACGAGUGGUUUCUGCACAGUAACAAUUCCAUAACAAUCAUGAUUUGUACAAGCAACUCGAUCGAAUUCCAUUUUAACCAAACAGGUUUCUAUACCAUCAGUGUAAACGUUUCCAACGCUAUAUCCUCUGCAUUUGCUUCGUUCUCGUUUUCUGUGCAAAGGCGCAUAGAAGGACUGGGUAUCACCGCAUUCCCGAAUCCUGCGCCCUCAAACAGUACGAUAACUUUUAACUUAACCAAAGGUUCGGGAACUAAUGUCAAAUAUCGGCUAGAUUUCGGUGACGGAUUCGUUUUACGGGAAUUUCCCGAGAGCUUCCUCUUUAACCGGACAUUUCUUUCCGGCCAGUGGCAAGUGAUUUUUACAGGAGAGAAUGCUGUUAAUCAUGUGAUUGUGUUCUAUAAUGUGACUGUUCAGGAUCCUGUUAAAAAUAUCACAGUCGGCGUACAGCCUGCGGCUUUAUUUCAUGGUAGAGAGCUUGUGGCAGUUGGGGAAGAGACGCAUUUAUUUAGCAACGUAACUGAGGGCACGGAUGUUUACUUCCUCUGGGAUUUCAAUGACAGCAGUAGCUCCUAUCCACACAAAGGUUCUUUACUUCCCACUGGAGGAUCCAACCACACCAUUACACACUCAUUCCCGAAUAAGGGCCCAUUCAACGUAACAGUGAAGGCUUAUAACGUUAUAAGUCGAUUAUGGUCAUGGAUUUUCGUGUAUGCGCAACAGAGAAUCGAAGGAUUCGCUUUAACUGUGACCGACCCAGCUUCUCCUGGUGAUGAAAUCACUUUCCGUUUUUCACAAAUCAAAGGAGAUAACGUUAGUUAUAUCAUCAACUACGGCGACAAUAGUACAAGUCAAGUCGUUGCGACUGAUAAGGUGCUUAAAACUUACAACAACACCGGGGUGUAUAAUGUAACGGUUAAAGCAGUUAAUCAGAUUAGUUCCGACACAGCUGUAAAAACAAUAACGAUACAGCAAAAGAUUCAAGGCUUGGAUUUCAUUUCCACGAUAAAUCCAGUAGAAAUUGGAUCACCCACAGUGAUAUCGUGGAAAAUCGCUGCAGGAAGUGAUGUCAAGUACGUGCUCGAUUAUUCUGAUGGGAGCGCUCUUCAAGUUCUAAAUGCGAACGUUGUAGGAAUGAACGUAACUAUUCACCACAAUUAUACUUUUGCAGGAGAAUUUACAGUCAAAAUUACUGCGUACAACCUUGUGGGGCCUAAUAAUACUAUACAAGCCAAAGCAGUGGUGGAUGAGAGCAUAGUGGGUCUUGUAGCGUAUGCCCAGAACAAUACUGUAAUUAUGUACGAAAAAGUUGUAAUUUUGACGUCGAUUCUAAAGGGAAGUCGAGUAGAGUAUGAAUACAACUUUGGCGAUGGCUCUGCGCUUGUUACUACAAAAAACAACACAGCGCACACGUAUAGAAAAUCCGGAGCGUUUAAUGUUUCAGUCACAGCUCGCAACGGUCUCGGUAUGGCUACCGUAUAUCUAAAUUCCACUGUGGAAGUAGGAAAACCACGUGCGCCGUUACAGAUCCGGGGACUUAACGUUUCCUGUCAAGCAACCACCCCUGAAAAUGCAAGUGAAAUACGCGUCACUUUCGAGUACGGAUACCUGUUUCAGUGCGAGGUUGACUUUGGAGAUAAUUCAGAACAGAAUUACUCAGACUCAAACCUUCCUUCCCUGCUGCUGCACAUCUAUAGCAGUGUGGGCAGUUUCGAGGUGAUCGUGAAAUGUCAAAAUGAGUUAGGUAGCGACAUAGCUCAAACGAUUGCUUUUGUCGAUGAAGUCAUCACUGGACUAAAAUUCAAAAGUGGAAAUGGUGUAAUUCAUAAGGAAUUUGGUCAGUCGGUUGACGUCGAGUGGAUUUGGGCAACGGGAACAAAUAUCAACCUUAGCGUCGUACUGCAUGGCCACGGUCCAAUAGAAAGUCACCGAACUAGUAGUACAUCAGAGUUUAUCCGGCUAGGAAACACCCUAUGCCCGAGCCCGGGAAAUUACACAAUCGAUAUCACACUGUCAAAUUCCGUCACAUCUCCAAAAGCGCUCACAGCUGUAAUUAUGUUCACAGAAAGAAUAUCAGAACUAUCUUUGAGCUUUAACCCGGUUGCAAGAACUGGGUUUCCUGUGCCGUUUUUUGUUACUGUUUCUUCAGGGCUAGAUGUCAAAAUUCUUUGGGAUUAUGGAGAUGGAAGGGACAGUGAAAGCCACAAUAGAGGCUUUGGAAAACAGAAAUUUAUCUCCAGUCACUCAUAUAUGUUGCAAGGGACCUACACAGUCGUUGUUUUCACGUCAAAUUACAAUUCGGGAGAAAAUGCAACGGAUAACGUGACCAUUAUGGAUCCUGUACAAGGGUUUUCGUUCCAUCAAAACAACACCUUGAUUUGGCCUUCAAGGAAAGUCGAAUUCCGAUUUGUUCGAAACUCCUCCUCGUUUGACCUACUUGGCGCAAAAUACGAAAUCGAUUUCGGAAACGGAAAAGUCUCCAGAGAACGAACUAUCGAUCCUAAAGAGACAAAUUUUACUUACAGUUUCUCAUACCCAGAGCCGGGUUGUUACCAAGCUAAACUGAUCAUAUGGAACUUAGUAAGUCGUGUCGAGUUAACAGCACCUGUUAAAAUCAUGGAGCAUAUCACCAACGCUUCACUGAGAGCCAUGCAUUCUGAAUACUCUGCUCAUCCGGGAGCUGCGGGCGGAGGCCCGACGGGAAACACGUUCCCAUUUGAAUACCCAGUGUCCUUCAGUAUCACUCAGGAUACGGGAACUUGCUUAAAGUACGAUUGGAACUAUGGGGAUUAUGGUGAAUUACGAGAAGUCGCAAAAGCAGUUACAACGCAUCGUUACCCUUUGCGCGGAACCUAUAAUGUUACGGCUAAGGUUUACAACAGCCUUGGGACUAAGUACUUGCACAGGACAAUUACGUUACAGCAUUCCGUGAUAGGAUUGUAUUUAGUUGUCAGUGGGCCAGGAAAGCCUGGAAACAACAUCACUUUCGUAGUAUUCUGCGCGAGCUUGGGAACAGAUUCGAAAUUCGUUUUCAACGCAGGCAAUGGGAGUCAAAACGUCACUCUUUAUCGCAAGGGAUUCACUAAUAACACCCAGUUAAAGGCGGAAAGACUUAUUGACCAACGUAUAAUACUUCCAUUUAAUCCAUCGCUUUAUUAUGCAAGGGUUGUUAACCAUGUUUACUUAGAUGAAGGACAAUUUAACGCGCAAGUGUGGGCCUGGAACGAGGCCUCUAACCAAAGAGCUGGGGCUUCAGUUCUAGUGGCCAACGAAAAUGUCCCUAUUCCUAUCGUUAAAGUGAUAGGAGGAACAAACAGCCCAACGAAUGAUGCUGCACUGAGCUAUGGAAGGCAGUUUACUCUGACCUCGCAAGUGACAAUUCAAAGCGAAAAACUGUUCGUCGCGGCUUUUAGUUGGGUUGUUUACAAAGCAGACACAUACAACCUUAAUUUGUCAUCGCCUCAUCUACAGCUCCCCCCUGAGUCAGGAAGAGAAGUGGGUCUGCCUCCAGACGUCUUGACAAAUCAGUCCUCAUUGGUUAUUCCCGCUUUUGGCCUGUUCCCUGGCGAAUAUAUCUUUCGACUCAAAGUGACAAUAAUUGAUCCAGAGAUCGAUAACGCUGACUUCACCUUCAUCAAAAUUGCUGGAGCUAAUAUCGAGGCUAGCAUUGCCGGUGGGCAUUUGAGAUCACAUGAUUGGGGACAAAGACUCUUAUUGGAUGCGUCCGAGUCACAUGAUCCACUGUCCCAAGGAAACGAAAAUUUGAUUUUUGUUUGGUUUUGCAAAAUUACCAAAACCAUUGCUGGUAUCAAAAAUUCUGGACUUGGUUGUUUUGGCAAUGGGGAUGGCCAGGUUGAAUACACGGGGAUAACAUUUGCUGUUGAAGCAAAGCAGCUUUUUGAAUCAACGACUUACGAGUUCACAGUAAAUGUGAGUUCUGUAAAGACCGGUCGCUGGUCAACAGCAAACCAGCUGGUGAUAGUGUUAACGGGGAAUCCCCCUGACAUCAAAAUGCGUUGUGUUUCCAAUUGUGGGAAGUACUUAGAUCCUUCCAGAAGACUUCAUCUCAGCACAGAAUGUUUGGAUUGUGUCACGGACCAACCUCUAACCUACAGCUGGUCUGUAAUGAACGGAAAUGCAUCCGCGCCAUUUGCGGUUUGGCCAGAGCGAGCUCUCACUCCUCUCAACUCUCCAGAAGCUCUUAUUCUUGCAGGGACAUUUAAUAACAGCAGUGAAUACAGAAUCAAAGUGACCGUGAGUCGGCCAAACUCAGCAAGCCAAGGCAUCGCGGAAUAUAUCAUACUCACAAACACCCCACCACAAGGAGGCACAUGUGACGUCACACCCUGGGCAGGCAGGGAACUGGAUACGAGAUUUAAUUUCUCGUGCAGGGACUGGCAGGAUGAGCAUCAACCACUGACUUAUGAGAUGUUUAUCACACACCCGGCCGACGGAAAGGUACCAGGUUCCCCUCGGAAUGGUGAACUGGUCUUCUUUGGUCCUUCAUUACAGGGCCAAGAAGUGCUACUUCCGGUUGGCGAAGACGAAGCUCGCUAUUUCAUUAGUGUUGUCGUGUUGAUAAAAGACGCCUUCGGAGAAUUUUCGAAAAUAACGUUGCCAGUUCAGGUUAAGCCGAGAAAUGUGACUCAAAAGGAAAUUACAGAUAAAACCCUCAAGGAAGAUAAUCAGCUAGAAAAGGAAAUUGGUCGCGGAGCACUGCAAGAAGUUGUACAAAUCAUACACGUCAUUAGCGACAUACUUAACAGUCAUGAUGGCGACGAUGUGUUUGAGGAGGAGAUCAAGCAAGAGGUUCGGUCGGCGAUGGUCGGGUACCUGGCCGAGAUUCGUCCUCAAACCUUAAAUGAUGUAUCAAUAGUGUCGAGGUCUUUGAACUCCGCAACGGCUGUUCCUUCUGAGACUGAAGUAGAGGCGCAGGUUCAAGCAACGAAGCAGCAUACUAAAAUGGUGGCCUUGCUGAAAAAAGAGUCCCAAGCAGAGGAGGACGGGGGUAUCAUCGAAAACACCGCUGGUGAAAUACUCGAAGGACUGUCUAAUACAUUACUGGCUUCUACCAAAAGUAGUGCUGAAAGUUUGAAUGAAACGACCAAAAACGUCACAGAGGAAGUCACAUUCAAAGUCCUUCAGCUUGUGGAUGACGUGUCAGACGCAGUGCUUCGCCCCAUGACACUCAGCCAGAAACCGCUGGUCAUAAAUACCAGGAGCGUGGCUGUUGGGUUGUCUAAACGAAAGCCUGAUAACCUAGCCGGGAUCGCAUUGAAUGCGGGAGGGGAGAGUCAGUUCGUACUACCUCACAAAGUCAGCUUGGUUAAUGAAACAACCAAUUCGUACGUCACAACCACGGUGACUGAGUUAUCUGCCAAUCCAUUCCAAAGUUCCGGUAAUUUCACGUUGGUCAAAUCGAAUCCUUUAUCUUUGGUGCUAAAAGGGAGUGACGGAGAGGCUAUCCCUGUUGAAGGUCUGACAUCACCAAUCGAUAUAUUACUGCCUCGAAAGGAAUCUUUGCAGGUUGCGCUGAACAUCUCACAAACUCCUUCUUCCGACGGAUCAAUGACGUUUCACAAAGUUUCCGUUCCUAACAACGACAGCGUCAUUAUAGCUAAAGUUCUCCCACAAGACAAGAGAUCAAAAUUUACUCUUUACAUUCGCUACAACGAACAGCCUUCACUAACUAACUAUGACUUCAAAACAAGUCUGCCAUUCGAGGAUUCUACGUUGGAUAACUACACGAUGUUUGUGUUACAAGAGCAGAUGAAAGGAAAAGGGGAUUACUACAUUGGGGUGUUACCCAUUGCGUAUGACAGAGAAGCGGUAAAGACAGUAGUAAAUUAUACUUUUGACGUGAUCUGUUCUGCUUGCUAUUUCUGGGAUGAGGAGGUCAAAGAAUGGAGCACUAAAGGAUGUCAGGUCAGCAACAAAACCAACCGAGAUCUAACAUACUGUCAGUGUUCACACUUGACAUGGUUCGGUGCAGAUCUGUUUAUUCCACCAAAUAAGCUGGACAUUAAAGACUCUUUCAAGAAGCUCGCCAAUAUUCAUAAGCAUCCUGCACUGCUGGCGACCUUCUGCACAAUCAUUUGUCUGUAUGUAGUGGGGCUCGUGUGGGCGAGGAGAAAAGACAGGCGAGAUGUCGACAAGGUUGGUCUCGUACCAGUCCUCGAUAACAAUCCAGCGGACAGAUAUCGCUAUGAAGUCACAGUCCACACAGCACGUGGCAAGGACACAGGGACCACAGCAAACGUCUCCAUUCUUGUUGCAGGUGAGGACGGACAGAGCGCGGUGCAUAUGCUGAAGAGCACAUCCAGGUCGUGUUUAUACCCAGGCGGAGUGGACUCCUUCCUUAUCACUACGCCUGAAUGUCUGGGAAGUCUGACAUAUAUCCGUAUAUGGCACGAUAACACGGGCAAGAGUCCCUCCUGGCUACUGUCACAAGUUGUCAUACGGGAUAUUGACACGGAAGAAAAGUUCUUUUUUCUGUGCAACCAAUGGUUGGCGUGUGACCAAGGUGAUGGACAAGUUGAUAGGCUGCUUCCUGUGGCGGGAAAAGACGAAUUGCGUGAUUUUAUGCACCUUUUCAAAGCAAAGACGAGUCGUGACUUUUCCGACGGACAUUUGUGGUUUUCUAUCGCUUUUCGACCUGUGCGGAGUCGUUUCACGUGCGUGCAGCGUGUCUCAUGUUGCUUGUCUUUGUUGCUGUGCUCGAUGUUGGUAAACGUAAUGUGGUAUCGAACACCGAUGAAACAACAAAACAGCGUCAUCAUAGACCUGGGGUUCUUUGAAUUCACUUGGCAUGAGAUUCUUAUCGGCAUUCAGUCCAGUUUAAUUGUCUUCCCAAUAAACUUGCUGAUAGUUCAGUUGUUCCGGAAUAGAGGGGUCAGUCCUAAGACCAAGAAAAAAUACGUUGAGAGAACUCGUACAGAAUUCAGUCCUCCAACACAAAACCUUCGUAAACAGACUGCGGUAUCGCUUAGCGACAUUACGCCCACAGCUCCUCAGAUGAGGUCAGAGGAUAGACGACAAAGGAAUGUGCAGUUGAAGAACUUAACCAGCAUUCGUUCACCAGUGACGGUGCGCCAGGACUCAUGGGAUGACGAAUUGUUUUGUACGUUACUGGAGACCCAGAUAAGUUACUCAAAGAAGGAGAUGCAAAACAAGGGAGAGAAAGCUAAGAAAGAAAAAAUGCCAAUUAAAAAUGAUCAUGAGGGAGAGGUACCAGACUAUUUGUCCUCGGAUAUUUAUUACUACUUGUACAAAGACGAGGCAAUCAAUUACAACAGAGUUCGCCCUGAGUCUAUCGGCAGUAACGAGUCCGUAAACACAACUACUGCGCUAGUGCCUCUGGAAAAACCCAAGAAAAAGAGAAAGCUGAAAAUGAAAUGUCUCUUUCCAUGGUGGUUUGUUUACAUUGGUUGGUUUUUGUGCCUAUCCACGGCAACUGUGGCAGGAUUUUUUACGCUUUUGUACGGGCUAAACUUCGACAACAAACAGCAAGCAGAAUGGCUUAUUUCUAUGUUUGUGUCGAUGGCACAAGACGUGUUGGUCAGUCAACCAAUCAAAGUGAUAUUAAUGGCAGUUUUAUUCGCUCUACUCCUGAAGAAGCCACAAGAUGAAGACGAUGACGUCAUCAACGCCGAGUUGGCGCGCGACGAGGAAUGGCUCGAGCAAAAUCUCCCGCAUGUGCAAACGGGUAACGCAAAGGUCGCUGACACACAAUGCCACCGCCCACCAGAUAAGGUACUACUAAACGUUGCACGAGUCCGUUUGUUUAAAGAGCGGAAGAUGCACUCUGUCAUACGAGAAAUAGUAUUUUACUUCCUGUUUGUCUGGGUGGUACUUUUGAUAGCCUACGCCCACAGAGACCCGUAUGCACACCACAUGACACAAAACAUGGAAAAUCUUUUCGUUGGUAACUACGAUUCUCUCGGUUAUCGCGAUGAAGACAAAAUCGACGUCAAGAGGAGCACCGCUUCACAGAACAACAGCAUCAAACUUUACGAGGUCUCUAAUGUGAACGACUUUUGGGAAUGGGUUGAACAGACACUCGUCCCAGGUCUCUAUAACAAUGGCUGGUACAACGGCAAGUAUGGACGGGCAGGCUUUUUGAAUGACAAGAUGUCAUUUGUAGUCGGCGUUUCCCGGAUGAGACAGCUGCGUGUUAAAAGCGGAACAUGUAAAGUUGCAAGUGCUUUUAAUGUUCACAUGCCGGAUGCCUGUGAUGAUAAGUAUUCCUGGGACUCCGAGGAUCGGACCCCUCAAUACGCGCCCGGUUGGAAAAUGACCAAUCAAAAUGCUUCUUCCUAUCCAGAGUACAGCGCAUGGCGCUACAGGGGUACAACUGAACUGAAAUCCCGACCUUUCCUCGGUCAUCUUGCACUUUAUCGCGGAGGGGGAUAUAAAGCAGACUUUGGGUCAACAAUAGAUAGCGCUAGAACUGUGAUAAGUGACUUGAAAUCAAACAACUGGGUCGACAAAUACACGCGCGCUGUAUUUGUCGAGUUCACUGUUUACAAUGGAUACAGCAAUCUCUACUGCGUGGCGAACUUGCUGCUGGAGUUCACGGCUGCUGGUGGUGUAGUUCCCUUUAUUCAGUUGUUAUCAACACGUAUAGACCGCUACGUUGGAAAUUUUCUUCUCUUUGUCUUGAUAUGUGAAGUUUCUUUCGUUGUCUUCACCAUUAUCUUCACCUACCGCGAGUUCAAAAGACUUCUAAAGACGGAUUUGAAAGAAUACCUCACUGCGUUCUGGACCUGGAUCGAGAUAGCUCUGUUAAGUCUAUCCUGGACAAGUAUCGCUCUGUACUUCAUCAGAUUCGCGCUGGACAAGUUCACCAAAAAGACUUUUCGAGAGAACCCCAAUGAAUUCGUCAACUUCCACCAUCUUGCUCUCGUCGAUCAGUUAUUUGGUUACGUUUAUGCGUUUGUUGUGUUCAUGAUAUCUGUGAAGUUUCUUCGACUUUUCAGGUUUAACCGCCGUAUGUCACUUCUCGGAUCCACUCUCAAGUGCGCAGCGAAGGAGCUCCUUCACUUUGGAAUCAUCUUUGGACUGGUUUUUGUCGGAUUUUCUCACCUGUGUUACUUGGUAUUUUCGCACGAGCUGUACAAAUUUCACACUUUUGUCACCACGGUGGAGACCCUUAUCAGUGUUAUGCUCGGAAAGUUUAGUUACGUCACUCUGGAAAAAGCCAACAGGGUGCUGGGCCCGAUGAUGUUCUUCUUCUACAGUAUAGGCGUGGUAUUCAUUCUUGUGAACAUGUUCCUGUCAAUUAUCGUGGAGAAUUUCAAGAGAGUGAAACGUAACAACGACCUUCAGUCUAACGAGUACGAGAUCGUGGACUUCAUGACGGAACAUUUUAUGAACUGGUUAGGUCUUACGUCAAGAUCGAUUUUCAAAAAUCGAGUAUUCUCUGAGAGGCAUCUACAGAAGCCUUUGUACAAGAAGAGAAAGAAAAUAGAUAAAGCAGCAGAGUUGAAAGACAAAGUCGAUCGACUGGUCUCGCUCAUUCAAAGGGUUCACUUUGAUAGCAAUGAUGACGACUUCCUCAGAAACGAUGGAGAAGUGACUUAUCAAAUUCCUGAUAUCAAACUCGAAACUUAUUCUUAAGCUCAACACUUAAGACCGAUUAGUACACAGAGUAAUAUUGAACAAAACGAUGAAAGUAAACUUCUUGUCAUUUACUAGCGGCAAUAAACCAAUAAUUGGUGGAAAAUUCCCUAAAAGGGACCAAAGUUUUCUUAUGGAUAUAUUCAGACUAAUGCAUUAUUUAGCAGCCGAAAUGACAAUCUGUCACCAGAUUUUGAGGUUAAUUUGAGGGGUGCAAUCAAAUAACCUUUGUAAAUGAUAAAGAAACUACUUUUGAGAAUAAAGUUCAUUUUAAGGGUUUUUCAAGAGAUAAA